GCCAUGUCGUCUCCCGGCUCGUCGUUUGUGCAGAUAAAGCAUGAGGACCUGCUCUUCUAUGAGAACUGUGGAGGAGGCAGCUUUGGGAGCGUCUAUAGAGCACUCUGGAUAUCCCAGGACAAGGAAGUGGCUGUGAAAAAGCUUUUGAAGAUUGACAAAGAGGCUGAGAUUCUCAGUGUCCUGAGUCAUAAGAACAUCAUUCAGUUUUAUGGAGCCGUGCUGGAAUCUCCCAACUAUGGCAUUGUCACAGAAUAUGCUAGUGGAGGGUCUCUAUAUGAGUACCUUUCCAGUGAGCAGAGUGAGGAGAUGGACAUGGAGCAGAUCAUGACAUGGGCCAUACAGAUAGCCAAAGGGAUUCAUUACCUCCAUGCAGAAGCUCCAGUCAAAGUCAUCCACAGAGACCUCAAGUCACGGAACGUGGUCAUGACUGCAGACAAAGUACUGAAGAUUUGUGACUUUGGGGCUUCCAAGUUCUUGUCCCAUACCACCCACAUGACGGUGGUGGGCACUUUCCCCUGGAUGGCUCCUGAAGUCAUACAGAGCCUGCCUGUGUCAGAGACUUGUGACACCUACUCCUAUGGUGUGGUGCUGUGGGAGAUGCUGACUCGGGAAGUUCCUUUCAAAGGUUUUGAAGGGCUGCAGGUUGCGUGGCUGGUGGUGGAAAAACAAGAGAGGCUGACUAUCCCCACCAGCUGUCCAGCAAGUUUUGCAGAGCUGAUGAGGAAAUGUUGGCAAGCAGACCCAAAGGAGCGUCCGCAGUUUAAGCAGGUGAUGGUAACCCUGGAGACCAUGGCCAACGACAGCAGGCUACCGGACCAGUGUAACUCCUUCCUACACAACAAGGACCAGUGGAGGUGUGAAAUAGAGUCGACCCUGGAGCGCCUUCGGAAGCUGGAGAGGGAGCUUUACUCCAAGGAGAAGGAACUGGAGGAGAGGGAGAGGAGGCUCAAACUGUGGGAGGAGAGGCUGAUGGAGAGGUCCAAUAUGACUCCCAGUCCAACCUCCCUACUCAUGGAGCGCUCAAACAUCUCACCAUUCUUCACACCGAUGUCCAUUGGUUCCUCCGGCUCUUUCUUCCGCUCGGACUCCAACAGUGCAACAGUCAGCAGUGCUGGUGUCAGCUCUCUUCUCCGCACUCUCAGCAACGGAGAAACUGAAAGGGGAAGCAGUACAGUGCUGGACAGGGGGAUGGGCUCUCUCGACGGCGGGAGGCUGCACGCCAUGCUCCGAGGGUUGCAGGGGAGGUUCGGAGAGGAUGACGAGGAAGAAGAGGGAACCCUGGAGGAGAAAGGUUGGGGGCAGAGGGAGAGAGAUAGUGACAGUGGGAGUAUGGAGGGAGGAAGGGUGCAGGUGACACUCAGGAGCUUCCCAGGUGGUGUGGUGGAGAGGGAGGAGAGGACGUGGGAGGAGGGGGACAGAGAGAGAGGAGGGAUGCAGAGGAGCAGGGUGACCACCAUAGUCCGAGGCUUCUCGGGUGGGUUCGGAGAAGCUGAGGGGGAGAGGGAGAAAGAGGCAGGAUGGGAGAUUGAAAAAGUUGGGGAUGAGAGAGGGAUGGAGGGGAUGUUCAAAGGUCUGCAUGGGAGUUUGGGCGGCUUGGGGGACAUGAUGUCCUUAGACAUAGAUGAAAUGGGGGAUAUGGAGAGACUAGGUGACAUGGACAUGAACAUGAACAUGGGUGACCUGGGCGUCAUGAAGGUUGUAGGCCACGGUGUAGGUCAUGGUGUCAGGAGUGAGGUGGGUGUCAGGGGCCGCAGGAGUGACAUGGGAGUUGUAGUCCAGGGAGUCAGAGGUGACGUCAGUGAGGCCGUGAGCCAAAAGAUAAGAGGUGAAAUGGGCGUCAUUGGUCAGUCAGGGGUGCAGGUGAGCAUGCGGGCUUCAUCCAAUCAGAACUCUGUGAAGAGCUGCAGUGUGCGACAUGGAACCAAAAUCAACAUGGCUACUGCGGCCAUGGACAUGAUGGAGCUCGAUUGGUCUGACAGCGACUAGAAGACACAUUAGCACACACAGACGCACAGAAGACACACACAGAGGCCAAACUAGAAAGAUCGACUUGUUCGCACAUACAGUAUCUGAGCUACAGUAUGUGCAUUAGAAUCUCCAGUUGAAAAAUAGCUGAUUAUACACACAUUUCUCUUGUUAAAAUAUUCUUUUUUUUUAUUGAAGCAAUGAAUACUACAAAUGCGUACUGUGAAGUGGGAAGGAGCAACGAGACAAUUAGAGGUUGUCUUGUCAUGUAGUCAGAAUGACUUCACCUGUGUAAUUUAAUGUGCUAUUAAAACUGCUGCAUAACAUACUGUAAGAGGUACAAGUGUUACAAAAAUAACACACUUGAAUGCCGCUCUAACGAGGCAGCACUGUCUGAUAUUUUUCUCCUGCUUAUAUCUUGUAGUUUGCAGAUUUGAUUUGUUCAAAACAAGCUUUGACGUUAUCAGUUCUAACUGUGAUCUAGUGUGUGAAUUUUUGGCAUUUUUUUUUCUCUGUAUAUUUUAUCCUUUUUCAAUAAAAAGAAA